CGCUGAACAAGCUGUCAAAACAAAUCCGUCAAACGGUUUUCAACUUCAUUCUUGUCGCCCGUUCGUUUCGUGAGAUUAUUCGUCGUCUUGUUACGGUACCGUUUUCGCUCAUCCCCAUUAUAUUGGCUCUGCUGAUAAGCUGAUGCUAAUCCGAGUGUAAUUUAAAACGAGUUUUCCUGUAAAUCGCCCAAAUCAGCAGCAGAAGCAACAAAAGAAGUUCAUACAAAAACGAUCGAUUCCCCCCAUAAAGGUUUCUUCUGCAGCGCAAUCGAAAUCGGGGCCUUUGGCAAGCAGGCAGAGAGAUAAGGGAUCGACAGUUGGAAGCUGCUUAUCUACGAGAAUAUUGCCCGUCGUCCUUGGAUUAGUCAUCGCCCGGAAUCCACCUGACUGACGAAAUGCUAUUGAAAGUCAUCAUCGGCUGAGAACAAAGAUAAAGUUCUGCAGGGUAUCUUUUUGUGCGAUUUGACGACUUGAGGGCAAAGGUGAAGAAGCCGCGAUUAGCUGCUAAGCAGUACCUACCUACCUAAUUAUUCAACGGCAAGUUGCGCAAGUGUGUCAUUCGGAGAGUGUUCCCUUUUUCGUUCAACUGUUACCAAAGAAUCAUAACCAACCAUGGGCCAGACGCUUUCGGAGCCGGAAACCUCGAAGGAGUCGGCCUUCUGCCAGAACGACUACUACAAGGUGGGCUCCAGCUGUAUGCAGGGCUGGCGCAUCCACAUGGAGGACUCGCACACGCACAUCCUCUCGCUGCCGGAUGAUCCCGGGACGGCUUUCUUCGCCGUGUACGAUGGUCACGGUGGAGCGAACAUCGCCCAGUACGCCGGUAAGCACCUGCACAAGUUCGUGACGAAACGGCCGGAAUACGGCGAGGACGUGAAGCAGGCCUUACAGCGUGGAUUCCUAGACAUUGACGAAGCGAUGCUGAACGACGAAUCGUUGAAGGAGCAGAUGGCUGGAUCUACGGCCGUUGCGGUGAUGGUGAAGAACGAUAGAUUGUACUGUGCAAAUGCCGGAGAUUCAAGGGCAAUUGCGUGCAUCAAUGGUAAGCUGGACGUUCUGUCGUUUGACCACAAACCAAAUAACGCUAGCGAAUUGGAGAGGAUAAAGAGAGCAGGGGGUUAUGUAGAGUAUAACAGGGUUAAUGGGUAUUUGGCACUGUCUAGGGCAUUGGGAGAUUUUAGUUUGAAGCGGAACAGUGACAAAUUGGCCGAGGAGCAGGUUGUGACGGCCUAUCCAGACGUUGAGGAACGAGAGGUCACGGAAGACUUUGAGUUCAUGGUUAUAGCUUGCGACGGAAUUUGGGACGUUCUUCCAAGUCAAUCGGUGUUGGAAUUUGUUAUGAACGAGAUUGCCCAAGGUAUCUACCCGCAGAACAUUUGUGAGAAUCUGAUGACGAGAUGCCUCGCACCGGAUUGUCAGAUGGGUGGCAUCGGAGGGGACAACAUGACGGUGAUCAUUGUUUGCUUUCUGCACGGGCGACCCUACGAAGAUUUGGUGAACCGCUGCAAGGAACACGUGGUCGAAAUGAACAAAAAGGUCUCGGAGAUGUUCAUCGACCAUGAAUCGAGUUUUGUCCCACAGCAAUCGAGUUCGAAGAGUUCACUGGAGGAAGGUGGGGGUAAUGAUUUGUCUCCACUUUCGUCACCGGAACAGUCUCCGAAGGCUUCCCCCAGCGAAAAGACCAAAUCUGCCGCUACUGAUGGGCAGUCCUCGCCGGAUGAGGACGACACCAGCGAGGAACUGGAUUUGAAGUAGGUAAUUCCGGAAAAUCGCUUGUGAUCGUAGUAGAUAGAGGUUUUUCCGUUUCUUUAAUGCUCUGUUUUCUUUUCUGUGGUUCCUUCCGAUUGUGAAAUUCCCUUAGAUUGUUAUCCUGACGACUGUUUUUUUUUAUCCUACGUUCAAUUCUAGAAGAAGGCACUAAGUUUUAAAUUUAUUUGUGUAAGGCUUUUCCCCGGAUGUUGUUAUCCCAGUGGUAGGAUCCUUUUUGGACAAGAACACUGUUACAGAACGAGUGCAAAAGAGAUCAAAUUAUGAUCGUGUUUGCUCAUUUUGAACGGGCUUAGGGUCCGAUUUUAAAUUAUUAGUAUAAGCGAAAUAGACAGUGGGGUGAAUAGGAAUAACAGGUGUGUAUAUCCAUUUAGGUUGCCGCUUAUUGUUCAGAUGUUUGAACUUUUUUUGAGCGACCAACAUUUGGACAAUAAGUGGCAUCCAAUUACCAAAAGAAUUGGUGUAAUAAUAUAGGGUGACGUACGGCUUUGACACAUUAGAUUUUGGUUGUGACGAUCUUGUUCAUCAAACUCGACCAUACAAUUUGCUUUAAAUGGGAGGAUACUGCUGUCUUCACCAAUAGAUGUUGGAGUGUAGAAUAAGAAGGCGUUCAAGACGUACAUCACCCCAAAUAAACCAUAUAAAAUAUUCUUCCACUUCGAUAAGUGGUACCUAUAGGUAAUAGAGUAGUAAUUUAAACCCUCUAUGUGGACAGAUGAGUAAAAGCACUGUGUUCACUCAUUAACCCAUAGAUAUUUGUCGCUCUGGUGUACUGCUAGAAGUACAAACCGGGAAAAACACAAAACUGCGAGCCAAAAAAAAACGAAAGCCCGAAGAGAUCAAAAUACAAAGGACAAGAUGCAAUUAUUAUGAGAAUGAUGAUAAUGAUGAAUACGCUUCUAUAUACCUAAUAGUGAAAGGAUAACCCCCUAGUAGGAAAUACAUUUUUACUAUUCCUCACGAUAAGCUACCCCUUACGUCUGAAUCCUGUACGCCACUUCGGUAGACAAAACGUACGAUGCAAGCAAAGCUAUCUAGAAAUAGGGCUGUUUAAGUUCUUUCCUUUCCUUUACACUGCUGUUAGUUGAUAAGAGGUCUUCUGAAAAUGUCGAACAGUUCUGCGUGGAUGGAAGUGAAUGCCGAUGAGUGUUCGUGAUGCGCAAGUUUAUACCGAAAACAAGUUUAAAUAAACAUAAUAUACCUAAAUAACAAUAAAUAACGUAGCGAUAGAAAGUUUAGCGAAGUCUGUAAAUUGACCGUUUCUUGGGUACCCCCUCAACACGACUAUGACAUUUGAAGUAUGUACUUGAUACUAUGGCACCAAACCCGAGUCCUGCUGUAUUUGGCUUCUGAUUUGGAUAUUGUGUACAUACCAUACGCAGGGUUCUUCGUUUUCUCCAGAAAAAAAAAAACAGGGGUUAUGUAGGUAUCCUUUUCAAGCACGUGAAGCUCGUCUACAGUGCACUGUCUGAGCAACAAAAUAAGCAUAUUUUUAAAAUAAAUAUUUUCACAAUA